AACAAAAUACGAUGGCCUCUUGUCAUUUCUUAUUCAUUUGUUCAACUUUUCGGAUCGAGUUGUUACUCAUUUCCUUAGUUUUGUGUUUUGUAUUUCGUAUUUCAGCCCGUACCUAUGAUAGUCUUCAAGAUCUGUCCGAUACCUCUCCUCGACCAGCUCUCUUAUUGGUCCAUUGGCAGCAUAGGAUACUUUCUACGCACAUAUACAAAAAAAAAUUAGAAGUCUAAAAGUGAGUCACUAUGGGGUUCUUCAGUCGAUCCAAGAAGAAACCAACUCUGGAGAGCUCGCCAUCCAAGGUUGACCAGUUCGUACCACCAAAUCCAUCUCAGUCACAAGUGCCACCACAACAAUGGCAUCCUAACGACAACCCAUAUACUACUCCAUCACCAAGACAGCCUGCUGGCUAUCUGGCACCUCCGCAGCCAUUGCCGCCGCCCCCUGGUUGGAGUAAUACGCUACCUUCCGGACCAACUCCUCCCCCUCAGUACCAAAGUCAACAGCCGUAUCUCCCCAUCGUUGUAAACCAACACUACUACUUAAGCCCUUCGGCGAGAUGGCAUUCCUAUGGCACGCAGAUGCUUAACCAAAGUGCUGCGAUGUACGACCAAAUAUCUAGCAGCUUCAACGAUGUGAUGACAUUGAUUGACCGGGAUAAGUACAUUGGGAAUGAGAAUGAUCUAUUCACGUAUCAAUCUCAUCCGGUGCCUCCGCCUUCAGCAGAGGUACGUCAACAUGCCGUCGUACAUAAGGGGCCCGCGAAGAAGGGGAAGAAAGGAGCCCCAAAGGAAGUCUCCAAGGGGCAAGCGAAUGCAAUAACGUCGUCACUCGCUUCUCGGGGCUAUUUCGCCAAGGUGGAAUUAUAUGCAAACUCAAAGCUAUCGUCGAAUUUAACUCCCCUCCGCCUCCAUAUACCAACAUAUCCUCUAGUAUGCCUAGCAGCGCAGUACUCGGAAAGGGUGUAUGAGAAUCCGCGAGGGGCAGAACGAGAUGCUCACGUCGAUGCUGAUUGGAGAACCGGAGCUAAGGCUAUGCGCAUCAAGUCUGUUCCGAUGGAUCAUAUGAACACUAUUGUGUUCGCCAUUCGAGGAACAGCGACUUUUAUGGAUUGGUCUGUCAAUCUGAAUACUGCACCAACGGCGCCUAAAGGAUUCUUGGACGAUCCAAACAACUUCUGCCAUGCAGGAUUCCUGUCGGUUGCUCGAAAGAUGAUCUCUCCGGUAGCCGCCAGGCUCCGCCAUCUUUUAGAGGAGGACCCGCGACGAUGUUCAUAUUCGCUUCUAAUCACUGGCCAUUCAGCUGGGGGGGCUGUCGCGUCUCUUCUUUAUGCGCAUAUGCUUUCGACUUCCAAAGCCGCGUCAUCGGAGCUUAACAGUCUAACAGGCUGUUUUAAGAGAGUGCAUUGUAUCACCUUCGGCACACCUCCAGUCUCGCUAUUACCAUUGCAGAAACCCUCUGGUUCUGAAUUCAAGAAGUUCGUGUUCCUAACUUUCGUUAACGAGGGUGACCCGGUCGCGAGGGCCGAUAAAGCCUACGUGAAAAGCCUUCUUGAACUUUUUGUUGCGCCAGCUCCAGUAGAAGUCAAGGAGUCCAGCAAGCAUCCUCCACCGUCGAAGAGCUCAUCCCCAAAGCACGGCAAGACGCAUGGCACCGGUUCUAGUACGUCUCUCAUUUCGAAAACGUCCAAGGUUUCGGUGAAAUCUAGCCGCUCUUCACCCCGCUCGUCCUCGAAGUCAAACAAACCGAAAGCCCCAGGUCCAAUAUGGGACGUUCCGCCAAGUACUCUAAGUAAUGCGGGACAAAUUAUUAUCUUGAGGUCAGGAAAUUCAAACUCCAAAACUAAACGAGCGAAGACCGUCGAAGAACGGCUAAGUGAGGGUGUCGUCGCACAGGUUGCGACUGACGAGCAGUUAAGGGGCCUUAUCUGGGGCGAUCCUGUCUGCCAUGUUAUGAAAUUAUACAUCGGCCGGGUCGAGUUGCUUGCAGUUGAGGCUGUCACUGCGAGAGGAUAUUGAAGUCGAGGGAGGUAGGUAUAUUACAGUAUUGGUUUCUAUGACCAUGGGAUGACUUGAUCUAAUGACUUUAACGACGUAUUAUGAUAUAUCUACUUUGGCGUUAUGGGAUGAUACCAUAUGGGAAGCAGUUAGGCAAUCGAUUCAUACCAAGAUUUGGUGUUGAAAACGGGUUUGAUUGAUUAUUUGUCAAAUGAUAUGCUCAUUGAAAUUCGAUGCACGGCGCGCUGGAAGCGUUUUGAAACUGGAAUAUUACGAAAUGAUACAUAGAUAAUUAGAUAUGGAAUAUAGGAAUAAGAGAUGACAGAGGUGCUGAGAAAUGAUAUUAUGAAGAAAGAAAAAGGAGAAAAGAAGAAGAAGAAAGCAAGAUGCAGAAGGCGGAUAGUGUAGAGACCUAAGUCAGUAUGGGUGAUGAUAUAGAAAGAAGAUAGAGACAAAUCACAGUAGGAAGAGCAUACUGUAACGAGCGACUGAAGUUGGAUUUUCUAAAUCACUAAAACCAGGCUACUAGCAAUACAAUUUGGCACUCUCCUCAACAUUACAGCCCAACAUAUCUCAUUCCCCCAAAAUGCUGUGCACCAGUUAUGCAAGUUGUAUUCGAACGAAGCUGGCAUUUACAAGACGCUGCCGAGGGCAAGGCAAGGGAGACCGACGUUGAGAAGGCCCU